AUGGUCGCUGUUAUUGACGGGACGCACAUAAAAAUAAUCGCGCCAUCAAAUGACGAGGACGCGUUCGUCAAUAGAAAGAAGGUGCAUUCCAUCAACACCCAGGUUGUUUUUGAUGCUAAUUUUAACAUACUGGAUGUUGUUGCAAAGUGGCCUGGAGCUACCCAUGAUUCGUGCAUUUUAACGGAGAGCGGUCUGAGGCAGCUUUUUGAGAGGCACCAUGUACCAGUUGGGUGUCACUUGCUGGGUGACAGUGGCUAUCCCUGCAAGACGUGGCUCUUGACACCCUACCUCAAUCCACAACCGAGAGCACAGUUAAAGUAUAACAUAGCACACAAACAUACACGAAAUGUUGUGGAGAGAGGAAUUGUGCAGAUGAAACGUCGGUUUCAUGUCCUCCACGGCGAAAUUCGCCUCACCCCAGAGAGGGCAAGCACAGUAAUCACUGUAUGUGCCAUUCUCCACAACCUCUGCAAGCGGAGGAACAUUCCACAACCAGAAGAUGAUGACGACGAUGAAGAGGACGACGAUGAUGAUGAUGGCCAGCAGGAGGGAGAGGAGAGCCAGUGGGUGCACCAAGAGGGAGAGUUGGAAGAGGAAGAGCAGGGAGAGGAAGAGCUGUGA